UCUCAUUCGUCCGCUGUGGCAGUUUGAAUUUGGUGGCGGCCGUAGCACCCGUGAUCUCUGCUCAGAACUGCUUUUCUCGGUUGGAGCACCGAAGACUGUCGUUGUCGGGCCCGUGUUGGGGGACCCUCAGGCUCCACCCCAGCGCCAUGGCUCCGACUAGGAAGGGCAGCAGUCGGGUGUCCAAGACCAACUCGCUACGGAGUCGGAAGCUCAACUCGUUUCUGAAGGACUUUGACCGGGAAGUGCAGAUACGGUCCAAGCAGAUUCAGUCGGACAGGCAGAACCUCCUCAAGGAGAUGGAUAACCACUACAACAUCGAGAACCUGCGGCUCCCCAAGGUGCUGCGCGAGAUGAACUGGCUCGACUACUUCGCCUUUGGAGGAAACAAACAGGCCCUGGAAGAGGCAGCAACAGCUGACCUGGAUAUUACAGAAAUAAACAAACUAACAGCAGAAGCUAUUCAGACACCUCUGAAGUCUGCCAGAACACGAAAGGCAAUACAGGUGGAGGAAAUGAUAGUAGAAGAAGAAGAAGAAGAAAAUAAAAAGAGUCGCCAAGCUUUGAGAGUCAAAAGGUGUCCUCCAUCUAAGAAGAAAACCCAGUACAUGCAAGCAACACGCAGGAGUAAAAGAUCAAGCCAUUCUAACACUGUGACCCCAGCUAUUGGACGGCUGGAAUUGUCUUUAGUGAAACCAACUCCAGGCCUGACACCCAGGUUUGACUCUAGGGUCUUCAAGACCCCAGGCCUACGUACUCCAGCAGCCAGAGAGCGAAUUUACAACGUCUCAGUGAACGGCAGUCCUCUCGCAGACAACAAAGAGGUUUUCCUCACUGUGCCAGUGGGAGGCGGAGAGAGCAUGCGCUUGCUGGCCAGUGACUUGCAGAGGGUUGAUAUUGCACAGCUGGACCCAGAGGCUUUGGGAAAUAUUAAGAAGCUCUCCAGCCGUCUUGCACAAAUCUGCAGCAGCAUACGAACUCACAAAUAAGGUUGCUACUGCAAGAAGCCAAACUCAACAAGAUGGACCUUCAAUGGCUACUUCUUGAGCCCUGAAGAGACCUCUUUCCUUCAUGCUUAUUGUUUAUUUGAGUGUGAAGUUCCAGAGCAGGGGCUGGUGUUCCUCUUGGAGAAUUCAGGAAGGGGGAAGACACACAGUGUUCUCCAGCAGUUACAUAAAGCUUUGCAUUUGUGCCUCCCCAUCCAGGUGAUGCAGACUCUGCCUGCUGUGUCCAUGCAGUUAAGACUUCUGUCCUUUUCCCUGCUGAAUUCUCCCCCCUUCUCAGAGCUGCCGCCUCCUGCCUUCUAUAACUCAGCAUCCUUUUGGCCCUGCCCUAACUCCAGUGGAGGUGGCAUGAAAGAAUCUUGUGUUCUUGGGAAGACUGCCUACUCACCCUCAUCAGAACCCUCUGCAUCUAGCAUUUCCGCUGUAUAUAUACUUGGGGCUGGGAGAUUUCAGCUCAGGGAAACAAGAGCUCUGGACCAUAAGAGGGCAGGUGUAGAAAGCUGGGAGGAACUGUACAAACGGGGCCUGGACAGCCGAACAGGACAUGUCACAGCAAUGACCACAGCGAAUACAUCUCUAUCCCCUCUGUCUGUGGGGCUUUGGAAUCUUAUGCCUGCUAUUCCUAAAUAGUUUUUUUCAAACUGACUUGUUCAACAGCAUAUUGUAUUUAUUCCUGUUUACCAAAGACCAAAAAUUGGUAUAACAGUAAUUUCCAUGUUUUACUUACUCCUCUACCUCUCUCUCCUUAGUGGGAAUUUGGAUGAGGGACUUACAGGGCUUAGCUUAGUCUAGUGUUUUUUUGAGUGACUGACUGCUGAGGAACCCUCCAAGCUCUCCAUGGUCCAAUGAUCCCUGCAAGUCAAACAGACUUUGCAGAGAGCACUUCACUCCUCUGGGCUUCCUUCAUCAGAGGGACAGAUGUAACUUGUCUGGGGGCCACAUUCCAUGCAUUUAACCUCUGCCCUGGGUGUGAACAAGAUGUUUGGCAUUAGCACCUAGAUCCCUGUGCUCUAAUUAGCCUCUCUGCCCCCCAAAAUCAUGAGAUGGGGUCCAAAAAUAUGGGAACAGAGAGGCCCCCCACCUCCAGUCUGAGGGCACAGUUUUCUCACAUAUUUUUGUUGUACUUUGUAUUAUUGUGGCUCAUGACCAUUCUAAAAACGUGGCCCUGCUCGAGAAAAUUGUUUUAUUCUCUCUUUCCUGCAACUUUUGUACAUAUUGUGCUGGAGAAAUUAUAUCUGUAAGCUGAUUUGGUCUAAUAAGAAUUACUAAAAGUUACCUGUUUUCAAUAAAUUGUGAGUUUUCAUUGCCCCUAACCUGACAUUCCGUCUGUCACCUUCUAGCUGUGCUGGCCUGGUCUAGAGACAGUUUUGGAUUCUGCUUAGAGGUCUUUGAAAGCUUCUGCAUCAGAAGAUGCCCAGACUUUACAACAGAAUUUUUCUAGUAUGAGGGUAGCCACUCCAAGAUCCAAGACAUACUAAGUAGCCCAAACUCACAAGCAGUUUCCCAUUGUUGAAAGAAAACUACCUGGGACCACCACUUAGCCAGACCAUCUGGUCCUGACAGUUCAGGAAGAAGGACUCUUGGGUCAGUGGCAACAUUUGGAAUAAAGCUUACUUGUGAUUUCAAGUA